CGCGUGCGCGUUCUUCUCGGUCUCUCGCGUACUUUCGUCUAUUUUUAGCACCCCACAAUCGGGGCCCACGUGACACGGGGGAGUGACGUCACUAAUGUUGUCGUCGGUGGAGGAGCCGCAAACAUGGAGGAGGAGAGAGAGAGGAGUGAGAGGCAGACAGACAGGCAGAGAGACAGACAGAGUUGUGGCCUGAAGGAGAAACAAUGUUGCACUUUUCUGUUUUAACGGAAAUCGGUGAAUGAGGAAGAAAAGAGCGGCGGCGGAAACAGGAAAUAAAAGUGUGCACGAGCUUCGGGAAGCCAAACAGUGUCCAGUGUGUGAUCAUCACAGCCCAGCCGCUCUACUCAGAUCCGCAGUCAUGGCGGACAGCGAGGACCCGCUCUAGAACCCCUCGCCUUCCAGAACCUCGUGGAAACACCACACACACACACACACACACACACACACACACACACUCUCUCUCACUCUCCCCCUCCCUCUGGAGAUCGUCUUCGCCCUGCCUGAGUCCAGACGUGUGGAACCAGACGAGACGUGAGGUCCAUGAGUUCAUCCAACACUCCAGUGGUGGAGGUGAAGAGCUCGCUGCCCCCAGCCAUGCAGAGUCCAGUGGCUGGAGGUGUCGGUGAACAGGGCGGAGGAGGAGGAGGUGGAGGAGGAGGAAGUGGAGGCGGUCCGGUGGACCUGCGUACGGAUCCUCGUCUGAGCGCUCUGAGCGUGAUGGACCCGGCGCUGAGGGAACAGCAGCUCCAGCAUGAACUACUCCUCCUCAAACAGCAGCAGGAGCUUCAGAAGCAGCUUCUGUUCGCCGAGUUCCAGAAACAGCACGAGGUGCUCACACGGCAGCACGAAGUCCAGCUGCAGGAACACCUCAAGCAGCAGCAGGAACUGUUGGCAGCGAAGCGUCAGCAGGAGUUGGAGCAGAAGAGGAAGCUGGAGCAGCAGAGGCACGAGGAGAUGGAGAAACAGAGGCUGGAGCAGCAGCUCAUCAUGCUGCGGAACAAGGAGAAGGGCAAAGAGAGUGCCAUCGCCAGCACCGAGGUCAAACUGAAACUCCAGGAGUUCCUGCUGAGCAAAAAGGACUCCCCCUCUGGUGGGCUCAACCAUUCCUUCCCACAGAAGUGCUGGGGUGCUCACCACACGUCCAUAGACCAGAGCUCCCCUCCUCAGAGCAACACCCCUGGCACACCCCCUUCUUACAAACUUCCCCCCCUACUGGGAUCCUACGAAGGCAAAGAUGAUUUCCCGCUUCGCAAGACAGCGUCGGAGCCCAAUCUGAAGGUCCGUUCGCGGUUAAAACAGAAGGUUGCUGAGAGGAGGAGCAGUCCUCUCCUCCGCCGUAAAGACGGCACCGUUAUCAGCACCUUCAAGAAGAGAGCCAUUGAGAUCUCGGUCUCCUCCAUGUGCAGCAGCGCCCCUGGCUCCGGCCCCAGCUCCCCCAACAGCUCCAACAGCGCCAUCGCCGAGAACGGCUCCAGCGGCUCCGUCCCAAAUAUCCACGCCGAGCAGCUGCGUUCCCUGCACCAGUCUCUGAACGCAGACGGAGCGGUGAGCCCUCUGAGCCUGUACACGUCUCCGUCUCUGCCCAACAUCUCUCUGGGUCUGCCGGCUAACGCACACAUCACCGCUCCUCAGAAGCUCGGGGUCCAGCCAGAGGCGGAGCGGCAGGUGCAGGGGGUGCGUCAGGGAGGCGUGUUGGGGAAGUUCGGGAGCAGCUCAUCCGUGUCCGUGUGUGUGGACUCGGAGCCACCGUCGGCCGCAAACAGUCACAGCAGCCACAGCUCGCUACUGCAGCACGUCCUCCUGCUGGAGCAGGCCCGGCAACAGAGCGCACUGCUCGCAGUGCCCAUGUACGGCCAGUCGCCGUUGGUUACGGGUGAACGGGUGUCCAACAGCAUGAGGACGGUCAGCAAGCUGCCGCGGCACCGUCCGCUAGCGCGCACGCAGUCGGCUCCGUUACCGCAGACCCCACAGGCGCUGCAGCACCUCGUCAUCCAGCAGCAGCACCAACACUUCCUGGAGAAACAGAAACACUACCAGCUCAACAAGAUCCUCUCCAAAGGGGCGGAGCUUCCACGCCAACCCCCAACCCAUCCAGAAGAAAUAGAGGAGGAGCUUACCGAGACAGCAGAGAUGCAGGAGGAGUGGGGGGAUGGGCCUGAGCGUGUGAGGGAGGGGCUGAGCAAAGAAAGUUCGGGUGAGACCACGCCCCCUUCUGAGCGCGUGGUCCCGCUGAAAGGCGAGAGCACUGAGAGCGACCUGGAGGAAGAGGAUGACGAAGAUGAAGCCAUUGAGUUGAAGGAGUGCGAUGAAGAGGGCGACCCCUACAGGCAGUUCUCGGAGCAGCAGCACCUGCAGCAGCUGAACGUGUUCCAGGCGUCUCUGUCCAUCACGGGAAUGCCGCACAGGCCUCUGGGAAGAGCGCAGUCGUCCCCCAUCACCUCCAGUCUUAAAACCACGCCCGUGGGAGUUCCCAUCAAGCACCUCUUCACUACAGGUCUGGUGUACGACACACUCAUGCUGAAGCACCAGUGCAUGUGCGGGAACACACACAUCCACCCGGAGCACGCCGGGCGCAUACAGAGCGUGUGGUCCAGGCUGCAGGAGACGGGACUGCUGGGCCGCUGUGAGAGGAUCCGGGGCAGGAAGGCGACCCUGGAUGAGAUCCAGACGGUGCACUCGGAGUAUCACACACUGCUGUACGGCACGAGUCCCCUCAACCGCCAGAAACUCGACAGCAAGAAGCUCUUAGGUCCAAUCAGUCAGAAAAUGUACGCUGUCCUGCCGUGUGGAGGGAUUGGGGUGGACAGCGAUACGGUGUGGAAUGAGAUGCACUCUUCGGGAGCCGUGCGCAUGGCCGUGGGCUGCGUCAUCGAACUCGCCUUUAAAGUAGCAGCUGGAGAACUGAAGAAUGGGUUUGCCGUUGUCCGUCCCCCGGGUCACCACGCAGAGGAAUCCACAGCAAUGGGUUUCUGCUUUUUCAACUCUGUAGCUGUUACUGCCAAACUGCUGCAGCAGAAACUGGGCGUGGCCAAAAUCCUCAUCGUAGACUGGGACAUUCACCAUGGGAACGGGACCCAGCAGGCUUUUUACAACGACCCCAACGUGCUGUACAUCUCCCUGCAUCGCUAUGACGACGGGAACUUCUUUCCUGGAAGCGGGGCUCCUGAAGAGGUGGGAGUGGGUCCUGGUGUAGGUUUUAAUGUGAACAUAGCGUGGACAGGUGGAGUCGACCCUCCUAUGGGUGAUGUGGAAUAUCUCACAGCUUUCAGGACGGUGGUGAUGCCCAUUGCGAACGAGUUCUCUCCUGACGUGGUGCUGGUGUCGGCAGGCUUUGACGCCGUUGAGGGACAUCAGUCCCCGCUCGGAGGCUACAACGUCACCGCCAAAUGUUUUGGUCACCUGACGAAGCAGCUGAUGAAGCUGGCGGGUGGGCGCGUGGUCCUGGUGCUGGAGGGGGGUCACGACCUCACCGCCAUCUGCGACGCCUCCGAGUCUUGUGUGGCCGCGCUGCUCGGAGACGAGCUGGAGCCACUGCCUCAGUCUGUACUUCAGCAGAAACCGUGUCCGAAAGCGUCAGCGUCCCUCGAGAGAAUCAUCGAGAUCCAGAGUAAACACUGGUCCUCCGUACAGAGAUUAGCUCCCACGGUGUCUCAGUCUCUCCAGGACGCUCAGCGGCGGGAGAAGGACGAAGCGGACACUGUGACAGCCAUGGCGUCUCUCACUGUGGACACGGAGCACACGACGUCCUCCUCACAGAGCAGCGGGGCUGCUGAGGAGCCGAUGGAGGAGGAGCCCGUGCUGUAGGAGGGCAGAAACGUCCAGCACGACGCUGUGGUGUCCACACCUGCUCGACAGCGAUGCUCGCCUUUGAGUCACUCGUCCUUUCCUUCCACGCAGCUCUUUGAUCGGUUCCUUCACUCGUUCUCCAAGUGCUCGAUGGACGUCCGCAGAACUCCGCUCCACUCCCACAUGAGGAGGAGGAAGAGGAGGAGGAAGAGGACCGGGUGGGCCAGUCAACACACGUCCAGGAGCGGUCUUUUUUUUUUUUAAUAACUGUUUUAUUUUCUGCUCCUUUCAUGGAACAUGUGCAAACAGACGAUGCUGGGAUGUUGUCAUGGCAAAGGAGCGUAAAGUGUGGGGGGGGGGGAGACUACAUUUCCUGUACGAGAUGCAAAAAGAUUUCAACGCAGACGCUUUUUAAUCCGCGUAGACACUGACGGCCUUUAUGUAUGAUUACAAAAGCACACAGACGUGUAUGAAUAUUACACAUGUACAGGUGUAUAUGUGAGUGUGUGCGUUUUGUAUUUGUCCGUUUGUGGAGGAGGAACCCGUGACCUUUUUCGGCAUUUGAGGACGAUGACGUCGGGAUGUUUCUUGAAGAGUCACAUUCACGCACAAACACACAAGAAGAAAGCACACUGACCGAUUGACUCACUGAAAAAGGGACUCACUGAAUCACUAACUCACCGACUGAUUCACCAAUUCACAGAAUCACUGAUUCCCCCACUGAAUCACUUAUUUCUCUGAAUCACUCUGACUCACUCACUGAUUCACUAACCCACUGACUGAUUCACAGAAUCACUGACUCCCCCACUGAAUCACUUAUUUCCCUGAUUGAUUCACUAAAUCACUCUGAAUCACGGACUGACUCUCGGACUGAAUUAAACACACGGAUGGUUUUGGUAUUUAUUUCACAAGGGAACGUGGGCCGACUCGGUGCCUUUUAUGCUACAAUUAAUGUUGCACACACACACACACACACACACACACACACACACUGCAUCAGACGUCCACAGUAACACACACUUCUCUGUCAUGUUGACUUUGUUCACAAUUUCCUCUCUGCCUUAAUCUCAUCAGGCGAAAGCACCGAUUUUCAGCCAUUUUGUUGUCAGAGUUUUCAGCUCGGACUCCUCCCCUCAUUUCCUCUCCUCCUGUCAGAUCAGGGGUCAAAGGUCAGACCUUAAGCCUUGCUCCAUUGUGUUGCCCCGAUGUGGUGUGUGAUCACAUCGUGACACUUCGACGACGACGACGAUGAUGAUGAUGACCAACUCGUGUUUAGUUUUUGUGUUUUUCGGUCACUUUUUCGUCUCUUGUACAUAAAACAAGCUCGACUCUUUUCCUUUUUCUCACUUCAGGAAACUUCAGUUUCUGUUUGUUUUGUUUGUUUUUUUAUUUUUCUUCAGAAAAUUAAGUGUCUGUGGUCACUUUUAUAUGGAGAUGUUUCUCUUUUUUAUAUGAAAAUCUAACACACACACACACACACACACACACACACACACACAGAGAAACAGCUAUCAGUGUUAAUCUGCUCAGUCGAUUUAAAAUACUCUGUACGGAUAAAACGUGUGUAAUGUGCUGCGUGCAGAUGCACAGUUGGUUUUUAUAUCUAUAUACAGACAUAUACAUAUAUAUACAUAUACAGAUAUAUAUAUAUAUAUAUAUAUAUAGAUGUGUAUAUGUUAUGUCGUGUCACUGCGCGAUGAAUGUGGCAUCAGGGUUUUAAGGGCAGAUAUGAUUUAUUUUGUUUGUUUGUUCUUUCUGGGGUUUGUUUGUUUUUGUUUUUUUUUUCCUUAAACACACAACACAACAUUUGCAGACUUUGUAAAAAGUUUUUAUGAUUAAAAAUGCAGGCAAUAAGGUCAAACACCACUGAGACACUACGACACUCACCCGUUCUAAUCACAGAGCUUUAUUUCUGCUAUUAUUUUUGCACCAGAUGAAUUUUAUUUUCGUAACGGUUUGUUGUUUUGUUUUUUGUUUUGUUUACAAGUGUUUGAGUGAACUGUGUGUGAUUAUCGACUUUUUUUGUUUCUUUUUAAUUAUUAUUUUUUUUUUUUUUACAGAAACGUCACAUUCGGGCUGAUUUCGGUAAUAUUCAGUCUGUUACGGCAUGUUCCGGUUUUUAGUAGAAACUUCUGCCGGUAAUCGUUCUUGUGGGCGGGGCUUAACCUGGCACAUUUCUUUAUAACACUAAUAAUUAUAAUACCUUUAUAAUAAAUGGAUAAACUCUACACUCGGAGGAAAAAAAGUUUAAAUACAGAAAUCGUAACAGUUUUUUUUUUAAAUCCCUUUACAAUUUAUUAGAAAGGUUCCACAUGACACUUUUUUUUUUUUAAAGAAACCCUUAAAUACACGAGGAACCUUUUGUAGAACCCAUUUUUUUGUUUGUGUGUUUGUUUGUUUUGUUUUUUCUAAGAGUGUACACAUUGCCCGUCUGAAGUUUGGGGACAACUUUGCAUUUCUUCAAAAUGUUUGAGUUCUUUCCAAAAAAAGAAAAAAAAAUCCUGAAGAUUUCCAGAUAGAAAAAGAGACAGCACUGUGGACUAACCCCAGCAUUAAAGCACAUAAUAAUAAUAAUAAUAAUAAUAAAGCUAGUUAAUUUAAUAAAGCAUUCACCUUGCCUA